UUUGAAUUGUUUUUUUGCUCAAACAUUGACGGAUUGAUUUUUUUUUUUUUUGCGAAAUGUAUUUAACUCCCUCUUUAAUCGGUGGUUGGGAUAAAUUUGAACAUUUCGAUCACUAUCAUUUGAUCUUAUUCGCUCUACUCGUUGUGGUUUGCACGAUCGAGGGGAUCGUCUUGAAAGUCACUCUUCAAACAUUCCUAUAUAAUCGUCCUUAUAUUGAUAGCGACGAUAGCAGUGAGUAUGAAGAGGAUACUUACUACGAGGAAGAAUCAAAUGUCAUUAGUCACAACAGACGUAUGCUCUACAGCGAGCAGCUGGAACAACAACCAACGAAUACUUUAAACAGAAACUAUAGAAUUUAUAGAUUUAUGUAUUAGACAUUUAAAAAAUAUGUAACAUUCUCUGUCAAUUACGGCCAUUUCGAAUGGACUAAGACAGUAAGUGAAAAGUGCAUAGAAGCAGUGUA